AAAUCUUAGAGAGUUUGAUCCUCUAUUUUACGUUCAGAAUCUCUCUCUCUCUCUCUCAUGGAUCUUCUUACAGUUGCAUAUCUUUUGCUCGUUCCAUGUCUCGUCUUCUUCAUCGCAAGAUGGGUUCUUGAAUGGAGAAACCAGAGAUGCUACAUGCUUCACUACGAGUGCUACAAGGGCAAAGACGAGAUGAAGCUCAACUCCGAGAAAUGCGCUCAGAUCGUGCAGCGGAACAAGAACCUCGGUCUCGAAGAGUACCGGUUCCUCCUCAGAACCAUGGUCAGUUCAGGCAUCGGAGAGGAAACUUACGGCCCAAGAAAUGUGCUCGAAGGCAGAGAGGAGAGCCCUACCCUUCUCGACGCCCUUUCCGAGAUGGACGAGAUCAUAUUCGACACGCUGGACAAUCUUUUCGCCAAGACGGGCGUUUCGCCUUCGGAAAUCGACAUUCUCGUGGUGAACGUCUCGCUCUUCGCGCCGGUUCCUUCGCUUGCUUGCCGGGUUGUAAACCGGUACAAGAUGAGGGAAGACGUCAAGUGUUACAACCUCUCGGGUUUGGGUUGCAGCGCCAGUGUUAUAUCGAUAGAUCUCGUCCAGAGACUGUUCAGAACCCGCAAGAACGCGCUAGCGAUCGUCGUGAGCACGGAAACGAUGGGUCCUCACUGGUACUGCGGUAAAGACAGAUCUAUGAUGCUUUCAAACUGUCUGUUCCGAGCAGGUGGGAGCUCUGUCCUGUUGACAAAUGAUCCGACAAGGAAAGACAAAGCCAUCAUGAAGCUUAAGACAGUUGUCCGCGCGCAUGUCGGAUCUGACGAUGAAGCUUACUCUUGUUGCAUACAAAUGGAGGACAAAGAAGGGUACCAAGGCUUUCUCUUGACAAAAUACUUGAAGAACGCAGCAGCUAAGGCUUUGACAAAGAAUCUCAGAGUUCUGUUACCUAAAGUCUUGCCCAUGAAGGAACUUCUCCGAUAUGCGAUAGCUCGGAGGCUGAAGAAGAAAACGAAAGGCGAAUCCUCGGGCGGGACCGGGAUCGGACUUAACCUAAAAACCGGGUUGCAGCACUUCUGCAUCCACCCCGGAGGAAGGGCAAUCAUAGAAGGAGCUGGUAAGAGCUUAGGACUCAGCGAAUACGACAUCGAGCCGUCGAGGAACGCUCUUCAUAGGUUCGGAAACACGUCCUCGGGCGGGCUCUGGUACGUUUUGGGGUACAUGGAGGCGAAGAAGAGGUUGAAGAAAGGGGACAAGCUUCUUAUGAUAAGCAUGGGGGCAGGGUUCGAAUCGAACAACUGUGUUUGGGAGAUCAUGAAGGAUUUGGAGGGCGGAAACGCGUGGACCGACUCGAUAGAUGGUUACCCCGAGAUGGCGAAAAUCCCGAACCCUUUCAAGGAGAAGUUCGAUUGGAUCAACGACGAUACGCUGAGCUUUGUUCGGAUCUGAUUAAAAACCACAGAGAAGCUUCAAAGAUAUACCGAGUUCUUAUUUUAAUUUUGCUGCAUACAGAAUUUACCUUCGCUGUUUGCCUUGAAAGGCUCUUUCUUGGAUGUACACGUUAG